AAUAAGAAAAGCCUGAAAGCCACAUUUCCUUAACACGUAAAACAAACGUUACUAUGACAAUAUCGAUCGAGGGCUUUUCCGAGGUUUUCGUCUGAAGUAAUUCACGUUGCGUGCUGAAAAUAUGAGGGCUGAAAAUGUCUAGACGUCGUCGUGACGGUUGGUUGUUCAGCAACGGGCGGGUAUUUCACCCAGUGUUGCGUUAAUAUAAGCAAAUGAGAGUUGUUUAUGCAUAUUGUGAAAAAAUCUUAGCUUAGUAUACUGUGGGGUUUUUGAUUAUAACAGAAUACAGUGCACGCAAACAAUGAGUGCACAAGUGAAUCGAGGCGCGACGCGCAGUCACCUAUGCGCGAGCGUCUGCUUUUAAAGAGCACUCCGGAGCGCUCAUUAGCCGGUGCAGUGUAACUGUGCUGCGGCCGCGAGGAAGCGCACCGCGUGCUAUACGGGCUAGUGGAAAGUGUAAUGUAUAUCGAGCGAUGCUGUCAGUGGGCAAGCCCGUGUCGCUAGUCCAGCAGAAGAAGCAACAGUGGGCACAGGAGAGAGAGGAGAUGUCACAUCUAUAUCUUCCUUGGGGUUCGGGCGAGCGGUACACCAAUCGUUUGCAAGUACGAAACCAAUUCGCAAGUUCUCUCGAACUGCACAAGCAAUCCUCAUACGAAUAUCAAGAGCCGAUCCAACGGCAGCGAAGCCCAAGUCUGCCUCCCAUACACAAUAUCGAACUUAACAAAUCACUAGAAGACAGAAGGCACAAGGAAGUGUUAAAUAGGAACCUAUCCAGCGCAAAGAGAUUUGCUUUUUAUGAUGAAGAUGCAGAGGGCGAUACUUCGGGCUACGGCAGUGAAACUCUGAACAUCAAGAACCAUUGCGAGUCGUUCCAUGGGGCACCGCUUAACCAUAGUAACACUAACGUUGUGGCGUGGCAAGAACAUGGAAAAGAUAACAGGAAACAACCUUCGAGCGGGCGUUCAGGUAUGACGGACGGAGCUCUAUCCGCGCGCAGCACAUCCGGCCCUGAGGAGGGUCGGCCGCGCUGGGGAGACAGGGGCGUCGCCACCGGCAGGCUGUGGGAACCCACUGCACCCACCGCUAGGUUACCUCAGAUGCCAAAUCAAAAAAAAGGUACGCCAUCAUGGGUAGAGCGCGGACUAAACAUGAUCGAUAACGCGUCUGAUGUGCUCGUCGUCGACCAAAGAAGUUCAACUAAUUCUGGCUUGGAUUGCGAUCGAUCGUCUUAUAAUGGCAGCGAUGAGGGAAGGACAUUCCUAAGAGGACAGAAUGCUCCAUUAGAACCCGAAGUAAAGGCUCAAAGAGAAAAUAAACGAAUUAAGGCGUUAGAACUACAAUCAGCUAUACUAAAUCAACUAGAGGAACGAGAGAAGCUUCGUCAAGAAGAAAGAGAAAGGAAAUUAAGGGAAGAGCGUAUAGAAGAAAUAAGAAUACAGAGACAACAGGAAGAAGACAGAUUAAAGCUUGAGGAAGAAAAAAGAAGGAGCAAAGAAAAACAACUUCUUGAACAACGCAAAUUAGAAACCCUGAAAAAAGCGCUUGAAGAUGCGGAAAAGAAAGCUAGGCUAGAUAAAGAGAAGAAAUUUAGCUGUCAUAGACAAACAGCACACUUUAAUGAAAUGAACGAUCAAGAUAAGAUUAAUGAAAAUACUCCUUGUGAGAUACCACAGUCAAGUCCUACGAAAACUUGUAGUCCAUCUAAAUCUCAUAGAACUUAUAAUGUUCAGUCAGCGACAAGUCAAAAGGAAAACAUCUCACAACAGACUACAGCUUUUAAUUCGCCUAGAUCUAUAACAGCUAGUAACUUAAAUUUGUUUAUCCAUAAUGUGCCACCUAUCGCUCUAACAGAUAAUAACCAUUUCAAUAUUGUGCCAAUUGGUAUAACAAGUGCUGCUGAGAUAAUAAACGGCCAGUCAAGUAAUAUACAAUUAGCAGUUUUAGUACCACAAAAUAAAAAUGUAUACAGUAUGUCGUUGAAUUCUAUUGAUAAUAUACACGAAUCAGGUGAAAUACAAAAAAUACUCACGCCUAGUAAAUAUCGUAAUCUUAGAACAAAAGAUGCGUGCACACAGACGGAUACCGAUAUUAUAUGUACACCGUUUUAUGAUAAAGGAGAAAAAGAAGACACUGAAAGAGCUAUCGACAAGCAUUAUCCGAAUAUAGACGAAAAUGCACCUCAAGAUCACCGUAGUACUACAAAAAAGGAUCGACGUUUACGGUCAGAAGAAAGGUAUAAAAAGGAUAUAGAAAACCGUCCCAAGUGGGGCGCAAACCGACCAGUGGCACAGUAUAAAAAACAAAGUGAAAAAGAUCCAUUUUAUACACAAAAAAGGAAAAUUCGCCAGAAGUAUCGACCCCAAGUGCGGCAAUACAUAUCCCAUUCGAGUGAAGACAGUCGGUCUCCGAGCCCACAAACGAGAAGUGAAAAAACUAACAAUAAUGUUAAGCAGCGAAACUCACUAAGUCAAUCUUAUUGGAGAAAUAAGAGGUGUAGUGUAGAUUUUUCAACAUCUAACGGUUGUGAAAUAACAAACAGCAUAGUACCUGAAUUUACCUCCUUAGCUCAAAUAACCGGGGACACAAAAAUAGAACAAAAGAAAUCUCCAAAAGUAUCCCCUACAAACAGGCUUACUUUGUCUCAAAAGUUCAUUAAUGACAAAUACGGUAGUAGAAAAUUAUGGACAGGUGACGCAAAUGAACGAACUUCUAAAUAUUGUUUAAGUGAUCUAGAUAACCCAAAGAGAAACGGUGACAAGAUAAGUUUAAUUAAGAGAGAUAUCAAUGGAAAAACUGAAGACCAAAUUUAAUACUUAAGUUGAAAAUUUGUAAUUGAAAAUUUACUAAACAUUUAUAUAUAAGAAAAGCACACAUACUUAGGUAUUAAGCGAUAUGAUGAGUAUAUUU